AUGCAGACGGCUCUCGCGCCGUUGCGCGAAACGGUCGGUCGUGCAGCAGAACGCGCUCGAUGGGGCGCGACGCUAGAACCGCGUUGCUGUCUGCAGGGCAACGGGCCCGCGGAAGACGUCGCGGUCAGCAACGCGCCAUGCACCAUGCGCCGUGCGAUGACCCAGGAUUUGCCGUGCCCGCGCUCGCGCUCACGCUCCACGUCCCCCGGGGCAGCCGCUGUUGACGGCAAGGCUCGCGAGGACAUCGUCGACGCGGCCGCGCGCACGGCGGAGGACCUAUGGACGCCACGCGCGAGCAAGGCAACAUCCUACCGGUGUCAAGGAAACGACGACCGGCAGCCAGCCAGAGCGCGCGCACUGCGAGCGCGCCGCCGGACGAGUGAGAUUCAGACGCAGGAGACGGAGGCCGCAGGGAAUGGCGAAGACCUCGACCAGCGUCCGUUCCCCCCACGUCUUGUGUACCCCCGGAUCCUGUCCGUGCAUGCCGUCUCUGUCCCGCGCCAUCGUACUCCGCUCCCGUCCUCUUACUGGAUGCACACACUGCGCGCAGGUACGCCGAGCAUUCCUUAUUCCCCGGUCCCUAGCAGCUCACUAUGCCCGCCGUCCAACGACCAACCCCACUGCGCUUCUAUCCAACCGCCGCCGCUGCCAGUGCUUCAGAGCAGCAACCAGGGCGCGAAUCGUCCGCGGCGUCGGACGCCAUCGAUUGACCUCACACCGCCCGCGCCGUCGAACCACGCCGCACGCACAACUUGA